AUGGGACAGCUCACUGGCGACGCGACUUUUUGCGCAUCUAGCGGCGGUGAGACCGGCGCGGGGCAUGGGGAGCAAGGCCUGACGUGGCACGAGGUGAGGCUCAAGUCAAGCGCGCGUAAGCGUGGCGCGGAACCGCCUUGUCCAGCAACAGAGUGCGCCAUCGCGCAUCGCUCUCGCCCUGCACGCCGCUCCAGCGCCCGUGCCGUCGCGUCUCCGCCGUCUCCUCCUCUUCUUCCUCCUGCCUCUGCCACUCCCCUCCCCAUUUUCUUCCUCCACUGCCCUUUUCUCCCCAUCUUCCCCCGUUUUCCCACUCCCCGCCCCGCCAUAUUUCCCCUCUCCUCCCAUCCUCCCCGCGCGCAGGCGUGGCAGGCGGCGUACGAGUUGACGCCGGCCUCCUUCUUGCCGCCCCUCUCCGUCACCCUGCCGCCCGGCGUGCCGCCCGCGCCGCACCUGGAGGACUGCACGGCGCGCACGGCGGCCAGGGCGCGCGCAGAGGCGCAGGGGGAUGGGGGGGACGCACCCCCAUGGUCCGCGCCCUCCCAGUGCUGCGGUUGCUCCCCCCAACCGCCCUGGGUACGAGGUGACGACGCGUCCAAUCUCCCACUGACACGUGUCGCUCAAACGCACAUCUGGCAGCACCAAUUCCCCCCUUCAUGCGACCACCGCCGCCUGCUGCUUGCUGAUUGGCCUCAUCUGAAUGCUGACGUGGCAGCAGACGGGGCAGGGGAGGCGGAGGGGGGAGGUGGCAUGGGGGCCAUGGAGGGGGUGGCGGGGGAGGUGCAUGUGGUGGGGGGCGUGCUGGGGCUGGCAGUGCUGUUCAACCGCACACUCGUUGUCACACCCGGCUCCUUCCCCCAUGCCAACCACUCCGCUUGCUCUGCCACACCCGGGUCGCUGGCCUGUUUCUUCGCCCCCCUCACUGGCCCUCUCUGCGAGCAGGCAGCAGCACACGCCAUGGCCGCCCACCCGCCCGUGCCCGCCCUCGCAUGCGCCGCCACCCAGGAGGCCGCUCAGGGCUCUCCCCAGGGCUUGGAAGAGCUGGAAACCCUGCUGACGUCAGCAGAUCUGGUGGUGCGUGUCUGCACUGGGGCGUUGAGCCGACACCAACUGCUGCUGCUGGCCAACGAAUCACGCGUCGCCACGCAGUGGGGCGCAGCAGUGAGCGAGGCAUCCCAGUCAGUGGAGGUAGCGGGGGUGGUGCCGCCACGUGACGUGCAGAGGGAGCAGUUGCACUGGUGGCGAUCGCAGGCCGUCCGAUUCCUCUUCCGCUGGCCAUCUGCCCACCUCUGCCACGUCACCAACCUGAUGCGCCACAUCAGCUACGGCCGUUACAUUGCUGCUCAGAUGCACUCAGCCGCCCAGCAGCAGGCUGCCAUCAUCCGCUCUCUCUCUGCUGGCCCAUCUGAGGCUGACAAGGGCAUUGGAAUUGACACGAUUGCCGAAGCUAAAUUCCUAGCCUCGGUAGACAUCAGGUCCGGGCCGAGUCUGGAGGGUCGGCUGUGGCCAGCAUUAGGGUUUGAAGGAUGCGUGAAGGUGAAGGAGGGGUCGUGGGGAGGGAAUGUGAUUAUAGACGAGGUGUACGAGGGAGUGGGGAGGGAGGCGUACAUCAUGCGGCCCAUAGUGAGUGUGCAUGUGAGUGUGGGGAGCAGUGGCGCAGCUGCAGGAGCAGCAGGGGAGGCGGUGGGUGCUGCAGGCAGUGCUGAUCCCAACACUAUGCUGCCGGCAGCAUCACCCCAACGACCGGACGUCCCUGCAUUCAUGUUCUUGGCCCAUCGUCUGAGGCGCCACGUGCCGCACUUGCGUCACGCCUGGUUGACAGCCAGUGUGCCGGAAGUGAGCAAUGAGCUCUCGGAGCAUCGUGACUGGACGUUCCAUAGUGCUGGAGGGAGCAUGGGUGUGCAUGAUGGACAAUCACCCCCUUCUGGCUUGGAAGGCAGCCUGGGUAGUGCCAUGGGUGUGACAGCAAGCAUGCUCUCCCAGCUCCUCAUUGCCUCUGAAUGUGAUUAUUUCGUGGGUGCCCUUAGUUCUUCCAGUGCGAAGCUGCUGAACGAGCUUAGAAGCACAAAUGGGAGGCUGCAGUCUGGAUUCAUUUCCUUGGACCAAUAA